GAGUCCUUCAUCUCUUAUGACUCAAACACUUAACUUUUAGUCCCAUUUUUUUUUAAGCCCAAGCUAUCCCCAAUCUCUCUAUGUAUGUAUAUAUUUAGUAUUGGCGCAUGAUAUUAAUUUAUUAGGUUUCUCUAUUAAGAAGAAUCGGCAAACGUUUUAGACUUCAAAAGGUAUGGAGGAGGAGAAGAAGACGAUCCUCAAUAUGAUUUCUAGUUUUUUCAAGCGCGGUAACAAGAAAGAAGAGGCAUGUGUAGAUACUACUAGUGGUGUCAGUGCAGAUACCACGAGUAGUAUCGCAUGUGUAGAUGAUACUACAGGUAGUAUCGCGUGUGCAGAUGAUACUACUGAUAGUAUCGAGACACUGAAAGAUGAUGAAGAAGAAGAAGACGAAUGGAUCUUGCUCCUUGUUGAAAGGAGAGCGAAUGUUCAACAAAUAUCAAUUUUCUUGAUUGUGCUUGGUAUCGUGUUGAUUUGUUUCAACUACUCUGAUGUGGUGUUUACAAUAUUUGGCAAGGAAAGUGGUUACAUUGUCUCCAGAACCCUUAACUUGGGGGCUGCAUUUGUUAUUACUGUUACUGGUUUAAUUGUUUGGGAUAAUACUGGGGAGAAUUAAGCCCUUUAAACACUAGGUAUUGUUUAUCUUGUCAAUGGUUCCUUAGUUUAUAUAGUAUGUAUGCUUUGAAAGAGAAGUUUGAUCAUUCUAUGAGUUAAUGUAAUUGGUGUCUUGAUUGCGAAAAAUCCUCGAAAUUUAACAUUA